AAUCAGGCUGGGAGCAGAGUGCAGCUGAUUGGCUGAAAAGUAACAUGUGAUGAAAACAAACAUGGCUGCGCCCAUGUUUGAACUUGGAGGGAAAGACUGUUUGUAACUUGCAUGUGAGUUUAACCAUGAAGCUGCCAGAAUCACAGUAAAGAGAUUUGAGACAAUGAGAUGCAGAGUGCUGCACACAGACAGUGCAGAUGGAAUCCAGGCUUGGGACACUGGGACAGUCUCAGGAGGCAUUUGAAAGAGCAAUGGCGACUACAGUGAUGAAUGUGCGGAACCUGUUUGAGCAGUUAAUGCGUCAUGUCGAUGGGCUAAAUGAGGGGAUAGAACCACAAUUCAUUCAGCUUGCUAAGAAUUUUGAAGAUUUCCGGAGAAAAUGGCAAAAGACAGAGCACGAUCUGGUGAAAAGCAGGGAGGUGCUGAUGAAGACUGAGACUGAGCGGAGCGCACUUGAAGUGAAGUUGAAACAUGCUCGCAAUCAGGUGGAUGUCGAGAUUAAAAGGAGGCAGCGGGCAGAGGCAGAGUGUGAAAAACUGGAACGUCAGAUUCAGUUGAUAAGAGAGCUGCUGAUGUGCGAUACAUCCGGCAGCAUUCAGCUCAGUGAACAGCAGAAAAGUGCUUUAGCUUUUCUUAACAACAGAACUCAAAUGUCUGCUGACGGCAAUGGGACUAGAAGAUUAUCUACAAUAGAUGAAUCUGGAUCUAUUCUGUCUGACAUCAGCUUUGACAAAACGGAGGAAUCGUUGGAUUGGGAUUCAUCUUUUGUGAGAAACGUGAGACUGAAGAAAAGAGAAAAGCGGCGCUCUUCCAGACAGCACACAGAGGGGCUCCCUGUUCCAUCAAAGAGAACCCGUUCGUUUGGAUUAGCUGUGGAUCCGGCUAAUGAGUCCAUAGUAACAAAAACAACUGUGACUGUCCCAAACAAUGGAGGUAUUAUCGAAGCUGUAUCGACUAUUGAGACUGUACCCUAUUACACACGCAGCCGAAGGCCUGCUCAGUUGCAGCCCUGGAGUAGUGACUCAAGUUUGAUGAGCAGACAAUUUAAUGAUCACCAUGAGACAGACAGCUGCAGAACUCCACAGAAUCAGGGCAUAAGACUUCAUGAUUUUGUGUCAAAAACCGUGAUAAAACCAGAGUCCUGUGUUCCUUGUGGUAAAAGGAUCAAAUUUGGAAAACUUUCUUUAAAGUGUCGUGAUUGCCGUGUUGUGGCCCACCCAGAAUGUCGUGAGCGUUGUCCUCUUCCAUGCAUACCUAAUUCAGGAAACACUCCUGUCCGUAUUGGAGAGGGUACCCUUGCUGAUUUUGCUCCAUCAACCUCCCCAAUGAUACCCCCUGUAGUGGUCCACUGUGUUAGUGAAAUUGAACAAAGAGGACUUCAUGAGACUGGAUUGUACAGAAUUUCUGGCUGCGAUCGUACAGUGAAAGAUCUAAAGGAGAAGUUUUUGAGAGGGAAGAGUGUUCCCUUACUUAGUAAAGUAGAUGACAUUCAUGCUGUAUGUGGAUUUCUCAAGGACUUUUUGCGGAACCUGAAGGAACCACUUCUCACCUUCCGCCUCAAUAAAGCCUUUAUGGUGGCAGCUGAAAUAACAGAUGAAGGUAACAGCAUUGCUUCCACUUUUCAAGCUGUUGAUGAGCUUCCAGCAGCAAACAGAGACACGCUGGCUUUCUUAAUGAUCCAUCUUCAAAGAGUGGCGGAGAGUCCGGACUGUAAGAUGAAUGUGACAAACCUGUCGAAGGUGUUCGGUCCAACACUAGUCGGUCAUGCAGUCCCGGAUCCUGACCCCAUGACUAUCCUACAAGAUGCAAAGCGGCAGGCACAGGUUGUGGAACGAUUAAUGUUGCUGCCAGGAGAUUUCUGGAACCAGUUCAUGAUGGUGGAAAACAUGGACCCCUCUCACAUAAUUGAAAAUUCAAAUGUUUUUAACACUCCACAGACACCUGAUGGUAAAAUUAGCAUGUUAGGACCUCUAACCACUCCUGAGCAACAAAUUACCAAAACUCCUUCCUCAAGCUCGCUCUCCCAGAAAGUUCGUUCUACUCUUGGCAAGAACACACCAAAGUUUGGAAGCAAAAGUAAAUCCGCGACCAAUGUUACACGACAAGGCAACUUCUUUGCCUCUCCUCUACUGAAAUGAAUUAGAACAGCAAAUUUGCACAACUUAUUUUAUAUGUACAUGGUUGUUGUUUUUUUUUAAUGCUUUUUAAUUAGUGUUUUGAGUUUUUUAUUAGUUAUAAAACAAAAAGCAUGCAAAACUGUAUCAUAGGUAAUACUGCACAACUAAAUAUUUUAUAUUAAGUGCUUUUGAAAAAAAAAUAGAAUAUUCAAUUUGUUUUUAUUUUUUUAAUAUAAACUUUAGUUUGAAAUGUAAGCUCCCCUCCAUUUACUAGAGGCCAAUCCUUUUUCUAACCUAGGGUGUUAAUGAAACAACCCACUUCAUGUAUACAAAUAUCAUCAUUUUAUGUUACUUAUAUUGUUUUUGACUAAAAUUUUUGAUAUCCAUGGAAAUAUAUCUUUAAAGGGAAGGAGUACCAGCUGUCAGGAUGACUAUUUUUUUUUUUUUAUUUUUUUUUUUAACUCUUUGCCCUGUCAGCUUAGUCUGUAAAUGUGUGUUAUGUGGUUUAAGACAUUUUGUAAAUAUAGCACUGAUAAAUUCUCUAACCUCAAAUUACACACA